AUGCUGCUAGCCUCGAGGAGAGGUGCGGGAGGGAGGCCAGUAGUAGUGGGAGUGGGAUGCAGUGCUGGGACGCUGCCACCAUCACGAGCGGGCGCUCCGCCCAAUCAGAAUUAUUCGUGGCCCGCCAAAGGUCACAUUCCGUUUCGGCGGCGGAAACUCAAAGCUGCCGCCAUUCGCUCGAGGCCCUCCAUCCCUCGUUUCCCACCACUACUACCGUCACUCGUAUACACCGCCCCGGCUGAUGUUGGUCACUGCCUAGUACCGUUUCUACUGGUCCGCUAUUCGCUUUCCCAAGCAAUCGUCCUCAGCCACGAGACAACGUUCAGUCACUGCGUUGAACUUGAACAGAACGGCAGCAACCACGUACUAUCCAGUGGGAGAAGCCACAAGGUACUUUUAGUAACUAGUAGUAGUAGACCUCCGCAGAAGUGGGAGGUCCAGCGCUGUGCGCGUCAUCGCAGACUCACAACACGCGGCGUGUUAAAAGCUCCUUUCAACGGCGAUGUCGGAACUCCGGACAAACAUAAUUCCGAAACGGCACUAACCUCAUUCCGCCUAUCAAGUUUGUCUCAAGCCAAACCGACCUCACACGCCUGA